AUGACGAGCGGGGGCUCGGAUAUCCUUUCGGCACAAUACGGCUUCAUGGCCAUUUAUCUGACCACUCUUAUUCUGGUGUUGAAUAUAUACCGCGUUUCCAAACAGGCUCCUCCUUACGCUCUUAUGUUUACGUGCAUUAUCGCCUAUCGUGUACAUUCAAUUUAUUUGCUGCGACUUUUUAACGACCCUUUGGCUAUGUUGGCGGUCUAUGGCUGCAUAUGCUUCUUAUUGAUGGAGAAGUUCACAAUAGCUUGUAUUCUUUUCAGCUGCGGACUUGCCAUUAAGAUGAAUGUGCUGCUGUUUCUGCCCGGCCUUCUUAUCACACUGUUGUGGUUCCGGGGUGUUCUGGAAUCCAUAGGGCAUUUAUGUGAGAUUCUACUGGUUCAGCUUGUUUUAGGCGCUCCAUUUUUGUUCCACAACCCCGGAGCUUACAUUGCCAGCGCUUUCAACUUUGGUCGCCAAUUUAUGUACAAGUGGACUGUGAACUGGCGUCUUUUGUCAGAAGACGUUUUUCUGGAUCGAAGAUUCCAUCUGGCCCUGCUGUGCCUGCACUUUUUGUUUUUGUUUGCUUUGCUGUUCCAUUUUGUACGGUCUCGUGGUGGUAUCAUGAGCUUCUUGGAGCUACACAAUCCGGGACGAAGUCCACGGAAGGAUCAAAAUGGUGUUGUCUAUCCCCUAUUCGUCUCCAACUUUGUGGGAAUUGUGUUCAGUCGCUCGCUUCACUACCAGUUCUACGUUUGGUACUUCCACACACUGGUCUUCUUGUUGUGGAGCGUCGAUCGGUUCUCCAGUCCAGUAAGGACACCUAGAUCGUCGUCGUUGAUUGAGGAGGAGAUGCAGCGGCUGAACGUCUUGCCUGACGAACCUGGUGACAUUGUUGAGAGCCAUGCAUCAGUUUCCACUGAACCCGGUCAUUUGAUUAGGUGCUGUUCUUGUACUUAUUUGAACAAGCCCACAUCUUUCAAAUGUGAGCAGUGUUUUCAAGUGUUCCGUGACCCACAGGAGCUUUGCCAAUUGAAUCCGAAAUCCACUACUUCGGCAUCCAUAGAUCAUCAAGCAUCUCCGUCUCCACCUGUAGCCGAGAAGUGGUCUUGUCCGCAGUGCACUUACGAAAAUUGGCCCAAAAGCAAACACUGUGUCAUGUGCUAUGGCCCUCGUCCACAUUUCCCAUUGGAUUCUCAUUCCAAUGUAGCUGAAGACAUCACACGUAAGGACAAGAGCUCUAUUCAGACGUCUCUCACUUCACUCAGUCAGGCGCGUAUAAAACGAUCAAAGCCGAUUAGCCGUGAUAAGCUGUGGUUAGAGGCUUGCCGAGCCGUUUUGGACGGUGAAGUGACACCAAUCGAGCGCUACCUUUUAGUUGGUGGACGCCUUGAUCGGAAGCUAACUAAACAGGAUUGCCGCCAUCUUGAAAGCCAACACCAGCCCCCAUUGUCCAGCGAUAUUCUACAUAGCUCUGUCCUAUUCGACACAGCCUGUCGCGUGCUGGAGCAUGAGCUGACCUGCCCUUUUUCACUUGGUGCGUCUGCAUUGGGUUCAACAAAUACUGACGAUUCCGUGUCUGCCACUAAUUAUCCAAAAUUCCGUCUCGGAUCGACCUUGGUUGAUUUGGCCAUACGUUUCGGACGAACCGACCUUGUCAAUCUUUUCAUUGCCCUGAGCGGCCUCCAAACUACUAGCUCUGCUCUGUCUAUGCCUGGCAAUGGCUCUUCAAAGGAUGCUACACGCAGUUCUCUGGCAAGUUGUCUGUCUAACGAGUCUGUUUCCCAAUCUAAAGGAGUUCGCCGACCAAGCAGUGUCCAAACACAUCCAUCCUCACAACACUGCGUAAACCGAGCCUCAAAUUUGUCGCACCGAAGCAAAUGGAUGCCUUGCCAAGCUAGCCCUCAUAUCGCAAGGGAGCUACGCGACUCAUUUGCUUCCGGCAUUAGACAUCAUCACGGUAACUUUGCAUGCGCUUACAUGGCCGAAUGGGGAACCUUUGCUCUCCCUCAUUCCAUCACCAAGCUCCCUUCGCCUGUGAAAUAUCUUCUUCUAUCGGAACUGUGUGAUACACAGGUUCACACCGGUAUGUCCGCUCGUUAUUUUCUGUCUUUUUUGCCUCAAAUAUAA